AUGAGCAUGUUACGUCGAACCUCCGGUUCACUCACCAAAACCGUCAGACAGAUUACUCAACAGCAACCUGUCAAGGACAAUGUUUUACGAACAACUGCUCUUGGAUCUGCCAAGUGCGUCGCUCAGAACCUUGGAUCGUCUAUGCCAAAGACCUCCAAGGCCGACAAAGGACAGAUGAUGGUCAAUCAAAUCACUUCUAUCCGCCGACAAAAUCCAAUGCAGUUCCUCCAGAAAACCACUCAGUUUAGUAUAAAUGUCCAAAACGCUAAAGUGGUCUUAUCAUCGAACACUGCCAAGCUAUCGAAAAUGUUUGCCUCCUUCGACCUGACGAGUUGCCAGAUCUCCUUCGCUGGAAUGUUGGGCGACUUUGCCGUCUGGGCGAUCACCGACAUGUCCACCGGCGAACUCAUCUACCUGAUCGAUGAUAAUGGGGGCUCUGAAAUAUUAGAAACGUGA